AUGAACUUAGCUCGUGGUGUUAGCGACUCGGACGAGGUCGAUUCCACAAAUGAGGAGGCUUCUACGAGCACCUCUGAUUUGCUGACGCACGCGACCUCCUCAGGCGACUUAAAAGCCUUGGGCUACCUCAUAGGUUUAAACGCAGAAGAUGAGAUGGAUCAAUCCAGGGAUGCGACUGUUGAACACGUUGAGUCGGAAUCCUUCAGAGCGGCAAAGGAGUACUUGAGGAGUCACAAAAUUGCAGAGUUUUUCCAGUUCUUGGUAACCCAUAUGCUGAGCAAGAACGCCGACAACCCGGUGGAGUUCAUGUUGAGCCUACUCAACAAAUGUCUGCUGUACAGAUCGGGCUUAGGUGAGCCUCCGUUGUUGUACGACAAGGAGCAUAUAGAGCAGCUCUUUAAUAUGAUGGAUAGGUUUGGGUCCGGAUACGUGGACUACCAGCAGUACAAGACCGGAUUCAAGACGUUGGGGUUAACUGUCUUCAACGAAACCCCGAAGCCUUCCAGAGAAGGUCUGAUCGCCAAGGAAGUGUUUAUGCAAGAGCUUUACGAUGCGCAGCUGAACAUGGUCCGCGACUUGGUGAAGAAGAACCCAACAUCGCAGUCAAAGAAUGGCUGAAUUGACGUCAGUCUGAGUGAAUAUAGGCAAUAUGUAAACAUUUUAGGGAGUUUAGGUAUUAGAUAUCGACGUAACAUAACCUAAACAUGAUUUUUGCCAGAGGUUUGUCUGAGUUUCGAAUUUCUAUGGCGGUGGGGGGGCUCGUGGUUUUCGGAUUUGUUAUUCACAAACCGCAAAAGUUCGGAUAAAUCAGACUCGACAAAACAAAAAAAAAUCGAGGCGUAUCGAUAUCGAUCCCGUUCCAUUCUAAUUUCGGACAACAUUCUAAACUAUGCAUAAAAUUUACAUUUUUUUCACGCACCUGGCCCGUCCCAUCGAAAUUAUUUAAAUAAAUCAAGAUGGCCCCGUCCCGGCCGUCCAAACAUCAUUCAAAUUAGUCACGUCGCGGUGUAUAUUUUUAUAAAAGCGAACG